AUGGAUGCCAAAGUGUGGGCGAUAUAUGUACGAGAGCUGCUCAACAAGUGUGGACGGCUGGAAACUUGCACGUGCUGGGAGGAGUGCAUCUGCUGGGACGAGUGCAUCUGCUGGGACGAGUGCAUGUGCGAUGGAGAGUGCUGGUGCCUGCAGGAGUGCGUCUGCGUGACACCAAACGAGGACGAUAACGGCGCGAGCGAAUCGAACACUGUGAGCACGGACAACGAGGUCGUAGAUAAAUCGAAGGCAGAGAACAAGGCGGCCAAAAAACGUCUUGCUACAAUACCACGGACGAUCGAGGCGUGGGGGGAGCUUUCAGAAGAAGUCGUAGCGAAAAGCUUCUGGAAAGCUAUUCCGAUGUGCCCGAUAGUUGAAAUAUAA